GAGCCGUGUAUUAGGCACAGGAAGUGAGGAAGUGUUUAAACUCUGAAACUUUCAGGAAUUUAGUGUUCAUUCCUUUACGAAACUCUGCUCUGUUUUCGAGCCAAAAGUUACAGAAACUAUGGCCUGAGCUGUGAUCUAGUGCUUAUUGUAUGGUUGGUACUGUGUUGCAAUGUGUGAAAACUAUGAAGAGCCUUCUGAAAUCAGAAUAACGCAAGCUGAUGGGCAUAGGACCACUGCAGAAUUAGACAGCUCUUUAUUCAAUGGAGAAAGCCCUGUUCAAAUCAGUGAACGUACACGAGCUCUACAUUGUGAUGCUUGGGAGAAAUUUUUUGAUAAAGAUGGUAGAGUGGUGAAUGAGUCAGCUCUUAGGAAAGCAGUGUUCAAAGGUGGCAUUGAUUGCAAGAUAAGAAGGGAGGUUUGGAGCUUUAUCUUUGGAUUGUAUCCAUUCUCAUCAACCAGGAGGGAAAGAGAAGCUUUAGCUGCUGAAAACAUUGCUCGAUAUCAGGCCUUGAAAAUGAAGUGGAAAGAACUUAUGAGAACAUACCAGCCUCCUCCUGAACCAGAUGUGCCUGAAUCAGUACCCUUAUAUCUGAGAGAGUGUCAGAAUUUCCACAUCAAUAAUGAUCCAACAGCAAGUGUAGAGAACAGGCUGUGUGGUGCAGCAGUAGAAGAGGUGGAUGUAUCAUCACACAUGGGUGAUGAGCAGCUGGUGUUUCUUAAUAUAACAGCAAAGCUUCAUGCAGAAAGACAACCUGUGGACAUUAAGAAAUUGCAUUCAUCAAUCCGAGUAAUAGAUAAAGAUGUACCAAGAACAGACAGAGGUCACGUUUACUUUCAGGGAAAGGGAAAUCAAAAUCUUCUUGUUUUGCGGGAUAUAUUAAUCACAUACAGUGCUUAUCAUCAAGAUGUAGGAUACGUUCAAGGAAUGAAUGAUCUCUUGAGUAGAUUUUUAAUUGUGCUUGGGUGUGAAAGCCAAGCUUAUUGGUGUUUUGCUAAUUACAUGGAAACUGUCAAGAGUGACUUUUUAGAUGAUGGAAUGCUCACCAAAAUUAAACAUGUCAGGUUGUUGCUUAAGAAAAUGGAUGAACAGCUGUACAAUCAUUUUGAAGCUCAUGGGAUGGGAGAUAUGCUGUUUAUUCACAGGUGGCUUGUAUUAACUUUCAAGAGAGAGUUUUCAUUUGCAGACGCGUUGACAAUGUUUGAAAUUAUCAGUAGCCAACACCUCGAAUUGUCCUCGAUGGAGGCCGAAAGAGAGCGAGAGCGGCAGAGGGCUAGAGAAUUGGAAAGAGAUGGAGGCGAAUUUCAUGUUCAAGUUGUGGAUAUGAACACGAACUAUUCAUUCGAGGUGUUUGUGUGCCUGGCUGUUUUAAAGGAAUACAGAAAGAAAUUAUUGAAUUGUUUGGAGGUUUCAUCGGUGUACAAUGCUAUCCACAGUUUGUCCAUGCAAAUGGACUUGAACAUCAUCCUGAUGAGCGCAGAAGAGUUAUUCUUCAAAUAUUGCCGAAAAUCUGUUAUAGACUGUUUUCAAGUGGUUGACAUGGAAACGGUAUCUUAAUAUCAACAAACAAGCUUGAUAGCUAUCUAUGAAAAGAAAUGAUGGGCGUUUAUCAUCACCUAUUGCUGACUUUCCCCCUAGAAAAAGUAUCUAUUUUGUUUUGAAUUUCCAUCAAAAUGCAAGGGUUUUUUAACACAUACUGGGUUAAUGUAAAUAUAGAUUUUUGUACAUUCAGAUGCAAAGUUUUAUUUGGUGAAAUAAUAAUAUUAAGAAGUUUCUUUUUCUAUAUUGCCGUGCACUUAAAUGAAAAUACGAAAUUGCAAUACAUACAUGUAAGAGGACAAUGUUUGGUACAUCAAUGUUGAAAAUUUAAUUUAAAGCGAAUUACAGUUUUGGAAUGAACCAAAUUUCUUGUCGGAUAGACAUGUGUAAAACCCUGUUAAAGUAAGGCCCAGGUGAAACGUCGAACUUAAUUCGAAUUUAGAUCGACCAACACAUUCUGUUGGUCCAUCUAAAUUCAGUAGGACGUAUUCGGUUGAGUCAAGCGUCGAACUUAUCAUGAGCUUAAUUCGCUCAGUUUAGUUCUUCUCGUGUGAAGUUCGACGUUUGGCCCGGCCCUAAUAGGUUUUAAAAAUACUUGUUUACCAUAUUUUUUCUUCUGCGUAAGUAAGGUUUCUUAGAACUGACUACAGUGGAUCAAACUUUAUCGUGUAAAGUUGCCACACAGGAGUAUUUUGUGCUCAUAUGCAUUUAAUAUUUAAAUUUUGAGUUAAAACGUGGGUUGUCCCUUGUCAACUCUACGGGAAAAUAACGGAAAGGAAAAUUGAGUUAGACUUGACAGUGUACAGCUCCCUGUUUUUGGUCUUAAAACUGUACCAUAGCCAAAUUUUUGGAUCAUGAUAUAGUUGUAUAAGAAAAUCUAAGUAGAUGAAAUAAAUCCAAUAAAACAAGCAAUUUGAUGA